GAUGAAACGGGUUAAUCGUACGCGUUUCGUGGUUGAUCCUGUGUGGAAACUUGUGAAACGUGACAACUAUGAAAAAAUAUGGAAGAUCUUCUUGUAUGACUGAAAAAUGUGGCUUUAUUGGAUUUGACAUGGAGUGGUCCAGUAUAAAUAAUAAACCUGUUGAUGGUCAAAAAACACAAACCAGAAGGAAACAAAUCGAAGGUCAAGUAGCUACACUGCAGCUAACUUUCCUACACAUAACUUUUGUUGUGAAGUUUAUCGAUUUAUUCUACCUUUCUACUAAAGGUAAAUGUUAUAACCCUUUUGAUCGCUUUUCCAAAAAAUGGCCUCAAUAUCGUAUUGGUGAAAAAGAGAAUUCAGUCGAUUUGAUAAAUAAGAUAUACCAAGAUAUUGUGUCACUUCUUUGA